AUGCAUCUGGCGGCUAUGACCUGCCCUGCCCGCACCGCUGUCCUGGGCGGUCGAGCCUCCUCGUCCACCUGGAUCUCCCUCGCCGUCGUCUCUUCUCAGCCUUCUUCUCCCAUCGCCCACGCCGCCGAUCGGUGCCGGAACUACAGAUACACGUCGAACGGCUACUCCCAGCAACGAAGGGCUGCCAGCUCCAGCUCAAGCUCCAGCUCCAGCGCGAGAGCUGCCCUCCGGCAGUUCAUCCCUCGCCAGCCAUUACCUUCUCCGGCGUCUAUCACAGUUACGUCAAGCUCCAUCGUUGCCCGGGCCACUUCCAUACGCCAUGCUUCUUCUUCAUCAUCCGCCGCGCCCUCCUCCUCGUCUGCACACGAGUCUGCUUCCGCCUCCGCCUCUUCAGCCCAAGCUCCUGUUCAGCUGGACUGGAAUUCCUUCUUCACCCUCCGUGCCUCCCGCAGAAAAUACUCCCUCGUCUCCUCCAUCCUUGCCUCUCUCACCACCACCGCGACAGGCGCACAGGUCAUCGCCUCCCAGAACUUUGAGGCUUUGGGCGCGCAGAUCAUGGGAUUUGACCCGUUCGUCGUCAUGGGCCUGACGACUGUUGCCUGUGGUGCAGUUGGCUGGCUCGCCGGCCCUGUCUUGGGUAAUGCAGUUUGGGGGAUGGUUUAUAGAAAGUACAAGGGUGCCGUUGCUGUGAAAGAAAAGGAGUUUUACGAUAGAAUCAAGCGCUUCCGAGUCGACCCUUCGGCCAACUCUUUCGCGAAUCCCGUACCGGAUUACUAUGGCGAGAAGAUCGGGAGUGUCCAGGGCUACCGCCAAUGGCUAAAAGAUCAGAGAGCUUAUAAUCGGAAGAAGCGAAAUUUCGUCUAG